GGUGCUGAGUGGGCCACCUCCCCCUGGAAGCCCUGGGGGACUGCCAGGCCAGGCUGAGCUUGUCCUACUUCACAAACACUCAAGAUUCUGCACCUCGAGGCCAGAUCUCCCCUCCCUUUCCCCGUCCAGGAUCUACCAGGAGCCCCUCGGAGCACAGGAUCAAAGAAGGGCAACACACAGUGGACACCGGAUGCCCCAGGGAAGCGGGAGCCUGGUGGGGGAGGGCGGGAAGGGCUGGAGGAUGAAGGGGCCGAGGGGGAGGGAGAGGAUUCCAGGGCCCCCGCUGACCACAGGGGUGGUCCCGGGAUAAACCUCAGCAUGUGGAUCUAAGGAAAAUCUGUGCCCAAGGAGGGAGGGUGGGGACAAUGAGGAAACUGAGGUUCAGCAAGGUUAAGCGACAAGCCCACUGGCACACAGCGAGUAAGCGGCAGAGCUGGGCUUGCAGCCCAGGUGUGUGAAGCUCAAGGCCACACCCGAGCUUUCUUGCUGUGCUGCCAGGGGCUCGCUGAAGGCAGGGAGUGGCGGUUUGUCCCACAGCAUCUGGCCAAGUGGAAGCUCAGAGAGGCAAAGGGAACCGUGGAUUCUUCUCUCUUUGCAGCCUGCCAAGAGGGGACGGCCGUGCUGCAGAAGGACUUGGAGAAGAUCAAGAUUCCAAAUUACUCAAGAAAGUUUAAAAUCAAGGUUUUGGGCAAAGGGAAUUAUAGCUUCUACAGCAUGAACGUCCGUGGGUUCCAGCUUCCCAGUCGCCAGGUCAUCCUGGUGCCCGACGUGGGCCUUAAACUCUUCAUCGGCAAUGCCAGCGUCAAGAUAAGCGGAAAGUGGAAGGCACAAAAGAGCUUUAUCAAAACCAGCGGCAACUUUGACCUGACGGUGGAGGGCGUUUCCAUCUCGGCCGGCGUGCGGGUGGGCAGCGACCCCGCCUCGGGCAAGGCCACGGUGACCUGCUCGGGCUGCAGCAGCCACAUCAGCAGCGUGGGCGUGCACAUCGCGGGCAGCAGGCUGGGGUGGCUGAUCCGACUCUUCCGCAAACAGAUUGAAUCUUCCAUCAGAAACAACAUUCAGGACAAGAUCUGCAAAGUAGUGGCCAAUUCUGUGUCAUCUAAGCUGCAGCCUUUUUUCCAGAAUCUGCCAGUGAUGGCCAAAAUAGAUGCUGUGGCUGGGAUCGACUAUCGUCUGGUGGCACCUCCAACAGCCACCUCUGAGUACCUGGACGGGCACCUGAAGGGGGAGUUUUUCAGCUGGGCCGACCCCAUGCCGCCUCCCUUUGCCCCGCCAGCGCUGGAGUUUCCCGCCAUCCACGACCGCAUGGUGUACCUGGGCCUCUCGGAAUACUUCUUCAACACGGCGGGGCUCGUGUACUACGAGGCCGGAGCCUUGCAGCUGACCCUUACGGAUGACAUGAUUCCAGAAAAAUCGUCCUUCCGGCUGACAACCAGAUUCUUUGGAACCUUCCUACCCCAGGUGGCCCAGAUGUUCCCGGACAUGAACAUGCAGCUUGACGUCUCAGUCUCCACCCCGCCACACCUGUCCAUGCAGUCCUCCGGCCUUGUCCUCACCCCUUACCUGGAGGCUGAAACCUUCGCCAUCCUCCCCAACUCCUCCCUGGCUUCCCUCUUCCUGCUUGGCUUGAGCACGAACGCUUCUGUGAGGGUUGGCGCCAUGGCCAGCAGGCUGGUCGGAGAGCUCGAGUUGGACAGGCUGCUCCUGGAACUGAAGCACUCGAAUAUCGGCCCCUUCCCGGUUGCACUGCUGCAGGCCAUCAUGGACUACGCCGUGCCCACUCUUGUGCUGCCCAGGGUUAACCAGAAGCUGCAGAGGGGCUUCCCGCUCCCGGUGCCCUCCCACUUCCAGCUGUACAACCCGGUGCUUCGCUCUCACCAGGGUGUCCUGCUGUUCGGCGCAGACGUCCGCCAUGCAGAAGUGGCCCCGAGUGCUGGGGGCUGUCGCCGCUCCUGUUCCUGACGGGCGCAGGGCACGGGCUGCCUUUCUCCAGGGACCCCCCUCUCGAUCUCAGCAAGAACCCCUCGCAAACGUCUCUGCACCCAGACCCGGAAACGGGCUGAACGUGGGGAGCCGGUCGCUGGCCGAGGCCACGGCGUGUGUUUCACGGGCGAAGGCCACAGGGACGUUUCCUCCAGGAAUUGUGCUUCCCUUAUGACCAGGAUGCUUCCCU